AUGGACGUUGUUUGCGAAUAUUGUGGCGCAUUGAAGUUUUCCGGAGAAACGCCAGGAUUGUGCUGCCUUAGUGGGAAAGUGAAUUUGCCAUUAUUAACUUCGUCACCUGAGCUAUUGCAUUCAUUGCUUCGUGGCGAUCAUGGUACAAUAUUCCCAACAUAUCGUGCUGCAUGUGAAGAACUUAAUUUACUAGAAAACGAUACCCGGGAUACGACAAAAGUUGAUGCAAUUAUCUCAGCACCUCCAAGUCACAUACCCGCAUUCAUUUGCUAUUAUCAAUUCGACAUGCUUUCCAUCGAACCCAUCUAA